UUGAAAACGGUUCAAAAUAGAUCAUUAAAAUAAUAUUAACUAAAAUGCCAUCCUUGGACGUAGAGGAUAACUUCAACAAUGAUCAGUUUCCAUCCAAGCCCAUGUCUGGGCCAAUUAUUGGAAUUAUUUAUCCGCCGCCGGAAGUUAGAAAUAUCGUGGACAAGACCGCCAGCUUUGUGGCCCGCAAUGGUCCUGAAUUUGAAGCCCGCAUUCGGCAGAACGAACUAGGAAAUCCAAAAUUUAACUUUUUGAACGGAGGGGAUCCUUACCACGCCUACUACAGGCAUAAGGUCAACGAUUUUCGUGAUGGAAAUGGGGAAGCCGGUAAUAAUGUCGUUUCAGGUAUCAAGCAGUUGUCAGUAACGAGCGCGGCCCAGCAGCGGCAACAGGAACUUUUAAAGCAGGUGGUUGAGCAGCAGUUUGUCCCUAAAGAGCCGCCACCGGAAUUCGAAUUUAUUGCCGAUCCGCCCUCGAUUUCGGCACUAGAUCUGGAUAUUGUCAAGUUAACAGCUCAAUUUGUAGCUCGUAAUGGACGCCAGUUUCUCACAAACUUAAUGAGUCGGGAACAGCGCAACUUUCAAUUUGAUUUUCUACGCCCACAGCAUUCGCUUUUCCAGUACUUCACUAAACUCCUAGAACAGUAUACAAAAGUGCUGAUUCCGCCGAAGGACCUUUUGGGUAAGCUUCGUACAGAGAGCGCACCUGGACGUGCCAGCAUGAAUCAUGUGCUGGAACAGGUGAAAUAUCGAGCCAAUUGGCAGCGUCAUCAGGAGGCGCAGCGCCGCCGCGAAGAGGAAAAGAUCGAGCGAGAGCGUGUUGCAUACGCUCAAAUAGACUGGCACGAUUUUGUUGUAGUAGAAACUGUGGACUACCAACCAUUUGAAUCCGGGAACUUUCCUCCACCCACUAACCCUGAUGAGGUGGGCGCUCGGGUUCUCAUGGAGGAGCGCUUGAAUGACGAAGAGGGUGACAUUGAAAUGCAAAUUGAGUCUGACGAUGAGGAUGUAACGCAGCCUCAUGCUGAUAGUGCUGUAAAACUUUCGCAAAUGGAGAACCGCGUUGGCAUUCAAAUGAAGAACGCGACGGCAUACAGCCAGCCUACAAAUGCCAAACGCGACAACACUCAAGUACAGGACAUGGACGAGGCUUCUAGCGACGAAGAGACACCAGCCGCGAAAAUGCAGCCAACUGUCGCGCCAAUGCUGCCACCUACCCACGAUAAGGUGGUAGUUAAAAAGUACGAUCCAAAGGCCGCCCAACCAAAGCCGGCUCCAGUAGCAGCAGACGAGUUUCUUAUAUCCCCGAUCACUGGCGAGAAAAUCCCCGCAUCGAAGGUGUCCGAACACAUGCGCAUUGGACUUUUGGAUCCGCGCUGGGUGGAACAGCGUGACAAGCACACGGUUGAGAAAAUUAACCAGGACAACGUAUUUGCUGCUGGCACAGCGAUUGAAGCUAGUCUCAAGCAGCUGGCCGAGCGUCGUACCGAUAUUUUCGGUGUGGGCGAUGAGGAAACGGUGAUCGGUAAAAAAUUGGGCGAGGAAGAGACCAAAAAAGACGACCGCGUCACCUGGGACGGUCACACAUCCAGUGUAGAGGCUGCAACACGAGCUGCGCGCGCUAACAUCACCCUUGAAGAUCAAAUUCACCAAAUACACAAGGUCAAGGGGCUGCUGCCCGAUGAGGAAAAGGAAAAAAUUGGACCUAAACCAGUGGGCAACAAAGCAACACUAUCGGCGCCACCGCAGCCGUCUUCGAAAUCCCAUCAUGGACAGCAACAGCACCAUCAGGGCAACCAACAUCAUCCUCACCACCAUCAUCAGCCACCACAACAGCCUCCGCCACCACAACACCAGCACCAACAGCAUCAGCCGCAUCCACAUCAGCAGCACAAUAUGCAACCACCUAAUCCCGUCAUGAUGAUGCAAAUGCGCCCACCAAUGAUGCAACCUCCUUAUGGCGGCGGUUACAUGUCUAUGCCGCCAGGUGGCGGUCCACCACAAAUAGCACCAGCGCCACCUGUUGCUGAUAUGAUGAUGGAGGAUGAGCCACCGACAAAGAAAAUGCGCUCUGAGGAUAAUUUGAUGCCUGAGGCGGAGUUUAUAGCCACACAUAAGAGUCCGGUUACCAUACAAGUCCAAGUGCCCAAUGCUGACAAAUCAGAAUGGAAACUCAAUGGGCAGAUGAUUGCUGUCACCUUGGCGCUUACGGACCCAAUUGCCAAUCUAAAGGCCAAGUUGCAGGACGAAACUGGCAUGCCACCAGCCAAACAGAAAAUUUUCUAUGAGGGCAUGUUCUUCAAGGAUAACAAUACAAUGGGCUUCUACAAUUUGCUUAACGGCACCACCGUACAUCUGCAAGUCAAGGAACGUGGCGGUCGCAAAAAAUAGACACUUUAAACAGCUAUAUUGAAAAACACAAGAAGGAGAUAUUUCAGAAAGUCGGUAGUUUUUAUUCCAAUAAAUUGUGAAUCACAGUUGAA